AUGUUGCUUAAUGCUUGCCUAGCCCGAAAUUUUAGGGAUCUCUCUGUAAAAAAUCUUUUCGUGGCAUUUUAUAUUACUCCAGAAUUAAAAACGAAUGGUAAUCUCGUGCCAUCACAAAAUACUCCAGUUGUUGGCUCAAGUAUAAGUAAUACAAGUGUGAAACACAAAACACAUGGCAAUAUAAGCACACCUGCUAACAUACCUUUCACCAACAUAAGUGAAACUGGCAAUAAUAAUCUAAACAAUAAUAGAGCACCUGAAUAUGAAAAUGAAUCCCCCACAAAAAGAAAAAGUUUAACAGGUGCUCAAAAAGCAGAAAUAUGCUGCUUAAAACUAAAGGGUGUUAGUCAAGUCAAGUUAGCCGAACAAUUUACUGUUGCUGAAGCAACAAUUUCAAAUAUUAUUCGAGAAAAGGAUAGGUGGUUGUCACUUGAACCUGGUUCUAAUAAUUUCCCUUUGUUGGAAGAGGCACUUGCUCUCUGGGUAUCAAGAGUAACCACAGCAUUACAAAUGGUUACUGGA